AUACAAAAUGAAAACAAAAAGUAAAAACAUUUUUUUCAAUUUUACACAGCUCUUUGAUUAAUUCUUGUUAUUUACCUGUUUAAAUAUUUUAAUUUUUAUAACAAAGUAUUAAAAAAAAAUGGUGAAUUAUUGCUGCAUACCAAGUUGCGGCCGGAACAGUAGAAAUCACAAACAUUUGAAUUUUUACGGCUUGCCUAAGGAAUUACACCGCCAAAAGCUAUGGCUCCAGCUCGCCUGCAGACAUGACCUGCUAGAUAAGGACAUGGAAAAGCUUCGGAAAACGAUCAGAUUCUGCUCCAGACACUUUCCACCCAAUGCCAUAGUGAACCGGCAUUUGAGUCAAGAUGCCCUGCCGUCUGAAAGCUUACCAGGGUCUAUUGAUGAAGAUGAACCCGACACUCCAGAGAGACACGAAGGCAUUAUCUGUGACAGCUGCCAGGAUCCUGUGCAGGGGUUCCGCUACAAGUGUGUGACGUGUGACAACUUUGAUCUGUGCCAGAAAUGUGAGAUGCUCGAACGACAUCCACAUCACUAUAUGCUACGGAUACCCAAAUCUAUUAAAUUUAAACUCGCUGACGAUUUAAUAAACAAAUGGCGCAACUUAUUUCAAAAAGAGCAUGUAUUACCAGAAUAUGACUCUUCAAGUGAUGACGAACCCGUCACGAAGUACAUUAAAACGUACGACAGUGGCAUAGAUUUGACAGAAGAUGACAAAAAUGUUAUAAGAAAUGAGGUAACGAGAGCAAUAAAUGUUGCAAAGCAGAAAGUUCUGACACAAGUUGUAAAGGAAAAAGAAAAGAGGUCAAAUAAAAGAAAAGAAACCAAUGCUGUACCAAAAGUAGAAUAUAAAAUAGUUAAAAUGGAUGAAGUAGAAGUACAAGGCGAUUUUCAAGAAAAUCAAGCAGCACCAGAAUUGGCCUUUGCGGAUGUGAAUGAGGAGUUGAAGUUUGACCAGGCAGAUGUAAAGCCGCCAGUAACAGAUGCACCUCUAGCUGUUGCUAUGCCUAAUAAUACGAACAUGACAGUUGAAAACCAGCCAAUGCUCUAUGUCACACUGAGUAACGACCUAUCACAGUUUAUGAUAGAGCUUGCUGAUAACAAUGCCAGUGGAAGCAGUAUGAUGAAAUGAAAAGUUUUUUGUGAAUGAAAUUUUUCUGAAACAAGAAGAAUAAAUUGAAUGUGUUUGUGAUAUUUUGCACUAACUACAUGUUCGUAAUAUGUUACGUAAUUAAGUAAUUAUUAUUAUUAAGUAGGUACCUAAUUUAUGGAAGUAGUUACUUACCUACUAAGUUAGGUACUUUGUGUAAAUAAAAAAAAAUUGUUAUUA